AUGGCAUCAACAUCAUCAGCUGGAACAAUUACACCUAAACUUCAUGUUUUACAAUAUGAUUAUGUAUGUGAUGUAGUUGAAAAACGUAAACCACAUCGUGAAGCUCAUUUAUCUUUUAUUGGUAAACAAGUUGAGAAUGGAAAUGUUCUGUUAGGUGGUGCUGUCGGUAGUCCACCAACAAGUGCAUUAAUUAUUUUUCGUAAUUUAACAUCAAAUGAAAUCGAACAAUUUGCAAAACAAGAUCCUUAUGUUAUCAAUGGUAUUGUUACAAAAUAUACAGUAAAACCAUAUAUGGCUGUCGUUGGUGAUAAUUUAUUAAAUGAUGAUCUUAUUAAAAUUUAA